AUGUCUGCUUCUGCUGAGACCCCCGUUGCCCCCGUUGCGGCCCCUGCUCCGGCCUCCGUCCAAUCCUCCACGACGCCUCCCAAAGGCGGCCCUAUCGACGACAACGAUGUGAACCACUGGAAGGAUCGCUUCAACGAUGUGCUGUCUCGACCUGGCGAGCACGUCAACUCGAAAUCUCCUGCCGGCGCUCUCAGCUGGGCUACCCACCUGUUUGACUGCUUCAACCCCAUUGAUCUUUGCCUCAUCACUUGCUGUGUUCCUUGCGUCACCUUUGGCAAGACGCACCACCGCGUCAACAAGAAUGGCAACAUGGACGGCUAUGAGCCUGUCAACACCUCCUGCCUCCUCUUCUGCGGCUCUACCUGCUGCGCUCUUCACUGGAUCCCCGCCAGCAUGCAGCGUGCCGCGAUUCGCGAAAAGUACAAUCUCGAGGGCAACUGCAUCGAGGACAUUCUCAAGUCCUUGUGCUGCGCGUGCUGCAACCUGAUUCAGCUCGAGAAGGAGACGGAGCAUCGUGAGGCUCUCCUGAGGAACGGCAGCUCGGAGCAGUACAAGUCCAACAACAGCAUGGUGUAUCCUGGAGCCAACUAG